UACUCUUUUACAAAAUUUCAAAUUAUAAUUCUUCCUCAGUCUUAUUUUGAAAAACACUACUUUGACACUUUUAUUGCAAAUUUUUUAUUUUGAGUUUUCAUACUUUCCAUAAAAAACGUUUAUCUUUUAGCAUCCCAGAAAAUACGUAUUAUUUUCAGUAUGAACGCGAAUACGGAUUUUUUUUUACGAAUGCUUUAUAUCGAGUGGCCAUCUAGUGUUCAGAAAUAGAUACAGCAUGUGUAAAAAAAAAAAAAAAACGAAUUUAUUUCAACUUCAUUCAUCCAAACCUAUAAUUGCAUACAAGACACAUUGUUAUAAUCAUUGAUUGAAAGUGGAAGUAAAACAGUCAGUCCGGAAUUCUGCAAUGGGACCUUACGCAAACCGUGCGUGGACGCGCAAAGCGUGUUUGCGCGUUCACGCGCCUCUAUAUCCUGCCCCCCCUCAUCUCCGUCCCUCCUCCGUUGAGCCCCCUCACUCACUCAUCCAGUCACUGUACGGUAUCAUUAGGCUGUCCGCUCCCUCCGGCCGCUGGGGGAAACACCACACAGGACCUACAGCGAGAGAGGGAGAGAAAAAGAGAACGAAAGAAAGAAAGAAAAAAAAGAAAGAAAGAGAAGAACGUCUACAAGAACAUCAAGUCCAACUUGUUAAUAACCCACGCGAGAAGACCAGAGAGGGUGGAAGAUCCAGGUUCUUAGAGGAGUGCACAAGCCGGCUGAGCUUUGUGUGUGUGUGUGUGUGUGUGUGUGUGUGUGUGUGCGCGCGCCCGCGGUGUGUGUGUGUAUGGUGCGGUUCCCGAAAAUGCAGCGGCUCUGAAACAAAGGGAAUCUGAGCGGCGUUCUUCUCUAUUCACCGGAAACUGCGAGGCUGAGGGCCUCUCUGGAUGGAAAGAUGGAAGCAGAGGGACAGUGGUGGAAAAGCCAGCUCGCCUCAGAUAUCCAUCAGGCUCUGCGAAUUAAGGAGUUGAAGUUACCUACAUACCAUGCGCACUCGCCUCAGAUUGGAAUGAGGCGCUAUUUCGCCGACCUGCUCGCCGUCCUCAGUAACCGCUACCAGUUGUGCCCUACGGCACGCCACCUGGCUGUCUACCUGCUCGACCUCUUCAUGGACCAUUAUGACGUAGCCGUGAGACAGCUUUACGUCAUCGCCCUUUCCUGCCUUCUCCUAGCCAGCAAGUUUGAGGAGAAGGAGGACCUGCCGAAGCUGGAGCAGUUAAACACGCUGGGCUUCAUGUAUAGCCUCAACCUGGCCCUGAAUAAGCGCGACCUCAUCAAAAUGGAAUUGCUGCUGCUGGAGACCUUCGGCUGGAACCUGUGCAUGCCUACGCCAGCUCACUUCAUUGACUACUACCUCCACGCUGCCGUGCAGGAGGGUGACCUGCACAAUGGCUGGCCCCUGACCUCUCUGUCCAAGACCAAAGCCUUCAUGGACAAAUACACACACUACUUCCUGGAGAUUUCCCUGCAAGAUCACGCCUUCUUGAGCUUCAGACCCUCGCAGGUGGCAGCCGCCUGCAUCGCAGCCUCUCGAAUUUGCCUGCAGAUUUCCCCGAGCUGGACCACCGUGCUUCACCUGCUCACAGGAUAUUCGUGGGACCACCUGACCCAGUGUAUCCAGCUCAUGCUGCUAGCCCACGAUAACGAUGUGAAAGAAGCCAACAAGUCCAAGUCAUCACCCUCGUCCAGUCAGAGCACACAGCCUCAGGCCCACGCCUCGCCCGGCCCUGCUCCCUCGGCUCUGCAAAGACUCCCCGCAUCCGCCUCACAGCAGCUACUGCUCCAGACUGGCAGCUACCCUCCUCUCUCGCAGCAUUCGCCUGCUCUGGCGCAGCUGCACAUGUUGGCUGAGUGCCAGGCCAUGGGUGCAGCGAGCACGCGGGAAUACCUCCAGCCGCACCAGUCUAGCCUGCUCUCUUCAUCCAUCCCGAGCGCCUCGUUCCCGUCCUUCCCCAGUCUGGCUUCGGGAUUGUGUGGCCUGCCCUUGCAGGGACCCCUGUCCAUGCAGGUGAGCAUGGCAGCAGAGCCACGACCCUGCAUGAGCCUGGCUUACACUAACAGCUACCUCGGCACACACCACAGCUUCACAGCCGGAUGUUUUGACAGGUGACGCCAGGAGAGGGUGGACAGAUCGAACUCGGGGCGCCCGCUGUCCUCCGCCGUCCUCUCCACCUCCCCGGCGCCAUCUACCCUCAGCCAGAGGCAGAGACUUUCUAAACAGAAGGCCCACGGCCGAACAGAUCCAUCGAAGGUCAUAGUAUUAAGCUGAAACACGCUCAAGUGUCAAAGUUUCGUUCUUUUUGAACACCUCUGUGCCUGUCGCUCUGCCCGUUUUGAGCAAAGAUCUCAUUGACUAUAGCAUGCGCUUGUCGUAUGUAUUCGGGCCAAUUCAUUCUGGGAAUGUGACGGGAGGAAAAUAGAAUGCCAGUGCUGCGAAAUAUGAUUAUCAGACACUUAGAAACGUCCCACAGGAGCAUUUUCGCUCCAUACAAAGCCUUAAGAAGAGAAAUGGUUGAGAUCAUGUUCCCAAAAUGUUUUGUUUUUUUCUUCUUCCUUUUUUUUUUUUUAAAAAUAAGGCGUCCUUGAAAUUUCACACUGGAAUUACUGUGUCGUCCUUGAUGCUGCUGCGUUUAAAGUCAGACGCUGGCUUUAUGACCAUGAAACCCUGUCUCCCCUUUUAGGUGUCGUUUACAUUGACUAAAUGAAACACGUAUCAGGGAUGCGCAGAUUACUUGAAAGUAAAAAACAAAAAAAAAAUGAUUGAUGCCAUUGAAAACUACCAGCUGAUGUUUGUAUGAGGCGGUUUUAUUUGUAAAUGUGUUUGUAUUUGAUCUGCUUUGGAGGUGACCGUGUCUUAAAAGCAAGGUUACUUUUAGCUUUUUUGGCUUAGAGCCCCAUCCCUCUGGUCUUCCUGCAGGCAGAUGGAGGAGAAAACCCCAGGGGAACAUGGCAUCUGUCCUGUCGCCUCUGUAGCUCACGCUGGAGGAAGCUGAGCUUUACAAGCUGCUUACCCAGGCAGGGGGUUGGGGAACUCUCCGAUUCAUCCAUGUUAAGCUCACUACCAUAGAAAGAUGACUUCAUUGUCUUUUACCUCAUCCAUUUAGUCACAGUGGUGCAUGCAAAUGACCUCACACUACUGCUGUGCUGAAUGACAUGUCAGUCAUUCUUCAAUCACAUGCCAGGAAACUUUGGCUUCUGUGGGUAGAUUAGAGAUUAUUACACAAUUUUACAAUCAACUAUCCUACUGUACUACUGAUCCAAGCUUUUUUUUUGUUCGUUUGUAUUUUUGUUUUGGGAGAUCGAGUCACACACACACACACACACGGGUGAGCCUAAUGACACUGUGAUGGGUAAAGACAACCGAGAUUAUUAUUAUUUUUUUUUUUACCCCCAAUUUCAAAGAUUUUUUAAAUUUUUCUGUGCCAUUCCAAACCGUUUACUUUCUCAUGAAAAUCCAAGCCAAGCCGAAAAUGAAUGCCGCAUUUCCACACUAAAGUUGAGACUCUGAGUCCAUGUCUCCUCAGGUUUUGUUGGGUUUUACAGGGAUGUCGACCGCACAAUAAAACUAACCAGCAGUAAGACCAAAGUGUCUGCUUUAUGUCCUGCUAAUUUAUAAGCUUUUUAACCACUUUACUGGACUUUGGAUCCAAAUCAUCCUCUGAUAGUCCUGAAUCUUGAACUACCUCAAUGUAUGUCGAGUUUUUUUUUUUUUUUUAAACGCUGAUUGUGCAGGACUUACCAUUUUAUUCAAUUAUUUUCUUUCUAACCGCUCAUGAGCUUCAGGAUUUGUUUUCAUAGAACAUUUUAAUCUUUUUUUUUUAAUAUGUAUACAUUUAAUGUUGAAGUUUUGUUAUGUAGGUAGAUGUUUUGUGUUCACUGUAACGGAUAUAGGCACUGUUUUUUUGUAUUGUUACUUCAUUGUAUUUCAGUGAAACCUCUGUGUGUGUGCAAUACGUAACCAUUUGUUUUAUAUUACCGUAACGUUACGUUUUUUUCACCACUACAUUCAUUUACUGUUUUUUUUUUUUUUUUCGUUUUGCUUUUAUAACGAGAUAUUACUGCUAGAAGGCAGUGAUUUUUUUUUAAUUGUCCAGCAAGAAAAUGUUGCACAUUGCAACCGAUGUCUGCUAAAUCGAAACGUUUAGUAGACCAGCGAGUACUGAUGGAGUUCAUUCAGUGGUCUAUGGUUUUAUUUAAAAGCCUGUAGGAGAUUGAGGGAGAUGAAAAACCCAAAAAAUAAAACAAAAGAAAAAUAAAGCUCGAGAUUUGUC